GUUUCCUGAUUUCUGGUCUGAGUGACUUCCUCUGUGUGCUGAGGGGAAAUAGCCUUCUGAACUCACAGCCGAAGGGAAAGCAGCAGAUUGGGGCAUCUUGUGGCCAACUUCAGAGCCUGUCACCAGGAAAGGUAAGCAUGGGAGGAAGGAAGAUGGCAAGAGACGAAGAAAAUGUCUAUGGUUUAGAAGAGGACACCCAGUCCUGGCAGGAGCCCACGCUGAGGCUCAUCCUUGUUGGGAGAACAGGUGCCGGGAAGAGCGCCACUGGGAACAGCAUCCUGGGCCAGAAACGGUUCCUGUCCAGGCUGGGGGCCUCGUCUGUGACCAGGGCCUGCACCACGGCCAGCUGCAGGUGGAACAAGUGGCACGUGGAAGUCGUGGACACUCCAGACAUUUUCAGCUACCAGGUGCCCAAGACAGAUCCCCGCUGCGAGGAGAGAGGUCACUGCUACCUGCUCUCGGCACCAGGGCCCCACGCGCUGCUCCUGGUGACCCAGCUGGGCCGGUUCACCACCCAGGACCAGCAGGCGGUGAGGCAACUGAGUCAUGAAGUUUUCAGCCCCAGCAUGUGGCUCCUCCUUAACUGCAUCUGCUCAGCCUCCCUCAGCCCUGUGAACAGCCGCCCCACACACAGACCACAGAGCAGGGCUCUCUCUCUGCUGCCGCUUCACCUUCCUGAGAGAAGGCCAGCCGCCAGAGCCUCAGUGACCGCUGCCCUGGAGGAUAGGGCACAACAGCCAUUUCUGGAGAGAAUGGAAGGAUUCCAGAAGGGCAAAUAUGGAACUAUGGCUGAAGGUAGAUCAGCAAAUGACAGGUUUGCAACGCCACUGGCAUUGAGGAUUAUCCUAGUGGGCAAAUCAGGCUGCGGGAAAAGCGCCACAGGGAACAGCAUCCUUGGCCAGCCCGUGUUUAAGUCCAAGCCGGGGGCCCAGCCGGUGACCAGGAUGUGCCAGGUGCAGGCAGGCACAUGGAACGGGAGGCAAGUCCUGGUGGUCGACACGCCCUCCAUCUUUGAAUCAAAGGCUGAUACCCAAGAGCUGUACAAGAACAUCGGGGACUGCUACCUGCUCUCUGCCCCAGGACCCCACGUGCUGCUUCUGGUGAUCCAGCUGGGGCGUUUCACCCCCCAGGACACGGUGGCUGUCAGGAGGGUGAAGGAGGUCUUUGGGGUAGGGGUCAUGAGACAUGUGGUUGUCCUCUUCACCCACAAAGAGGACUUAGUGGGCCAGGCCCUGAAUGACUAUGUAGGAAACACAGACAACUACAGCCUGAGGGGCCUGGUGCAGGAGUGCGAGAAGAGGUGCUGUGCCUUCAACAACCGGGCCACUGAAGAGGAGCAGAGGCAGCAGCGGGCAGAGCUCCUGGCUGUGGUUGAAAGGCUGGAGAGGGAGCGAGAGGGUGCCUUCCACUGCAACGACCUCUUCCUAGAUGCCCAGCUGCUCCAGAGAGGUGGGGCCAUGCCCUGCCAAGAAGACUACAGGCAGUACCUGGCCAAGGUGGAAUGGCAGGUGGAGAAGCAGAGGCAAGAGCUGAGGGAGGACGAGAGUAACUGGGCACUCAAGGCACUCCUCAGAGUCAAACACCAGAUGCCUUUGCAUUUUAAGAUUUGUGCUUUUCUUUUUUGGUGCAGCAUAUUUUUUCUUCUAUUUCUGCUCAUCUUUCAUUAUCUUUAAAUCUCUCGACCCUGGGACCUUUGUGAAGUAUCACCGAAUGGAGUCAUUGUUCUAAGAAUCACCGAUUCAGAUUCGGAUCCUUGUGGUCUGUGGAGCAAGCUGCUUACUGUCCGUACAGUUCCCAUUUACCUUUCUUCCUUAUAGACUUGGAUCUGUGUGUCUCUGCUCCAGGGCCGCCUGGCUGUUCUAAGCACAAUCCCACUCUCUCUGCCAAUGGCUGCCUCAGGAAUGGGCCUGAGAUCCGAUGCAGACCCAUGGGUAGUGAAUGAAAGUCUGCACAGGUGGGGAUGGAUGGUCUCUCUUUAGAUAGAGCCUGUCUUCAUCCCUGGUGUUGUGGGGUCUGGGUGUGACAGUGGGACUAUCAGCAGCUUUGUGCUGCCAACCUAAGUUGAAGGCAGCGCCUCAGAGCAGCCAGAGAGUUGGGGCCACCUGAGCCCUGAGCCACCAGCCCUGCAGCCUGCCCUGUCUCUGCAUUUCCUGUUGUGUUACCCAAUAAAUUUUCUAAUUGUUUAAGCUAUUUGAGUUCCAGGUCUCUUUUAACCUGAAUUUGAAAACAUUCAAACUAAUAAAAACUUCUCCUCAUUC